AUGAGGGUGCUAGAGCCAAUCCCAGUUUACUAUGACUCAACCCAUCCACCCAACCCUAUUAACGUCAGAUUCGAGUCGUUGAAUCUGAUGAACUCGGUUCACUGGCGACCAGGCAAAGGAACACCGGAUGGCACAAGCUACACGGUGCAGUUUGCCUUAUACGCGGAUAUUCUACCGGACAGCAAACUGUUAAACUGGAGGCCCGUAGCACGGUGCGAGGAAACGGAACGAACAUGGUGUGACCUGAGCAGCCAGACAUGGGAUUUCGAACAAGGUUACUACGCACGAGUGCGUGCUAUAAGCCCCUCUGGUUUUUCAGAGUGGGUCGAGACGAGGCGCUUUCAUCCAAAAUUUGACACUGUUUUCGGGCAACCUGAAAUUACAUUGGAAGUGAAGGAAAACACAGCCAUCGUCCACUUAACUGCGCCGGUUCGAUAUCAACCUGAUGAGCGCGCCCCGCCCAUUAGCAUGGCAACACUCUACCCGCAGAUGACCUUCAACCUCUCUGUUCAGGAUACACGCCAGGACCAAGUGCACCAUUUUACAGUGACAACAAACGUCUACAAAUACAGACUACGGAGUUAUGACACAGACUAUUGCUUCUCAGCAAAGGUCCGAUUCCUUUACCAUCGUUAUCAAUGCAACCAGUCCGAAAAGCACUGCAUAACCACAGGCAAAGAUCCCGUCACAAGCCAGGUGCAGAGUGUAGUUGUGGGUAUCGUGGUUCCGUCGCUGUUCAUCUGCAUUUUUCUGGUGGUCGGCUACGUUCUCUAUCACUACCUAAGGGGGAAUGGACAGAAAAAACCCGACGCCCUGAACUUCACUGUUCUGCAAAUCCAACCCUUUGCUUUACCAGACAGCGUCAUUAGACCUUUGCGAGAGGAGAACUCCUCGGACGAUGACGACGACAAGGACAAUAACGCAUCAGAUUUUGGACUUUCCUGUGCCGCGCCGCGUCCGCAAGAACCACCUGUGCCGGAAGAAACCUGCGAUUACGGCAGCGUGGUGGCUACAGUGGAUGUUCAGCCCCAAGAGUCCCACAUCGGUAGCUACAUGCCGCAGGAGCAAAGCAAACAUCCUACGGAAAACAAGACUGAUUUUCCAACGCCAUAUUUGGCUAAUAGCUUUCCAAACAGCCUUAAAAUGCCCGUGAAAGACAUGUUGCAGUCAACGGGGAGCUCAUACAGGAUGCGUAAUGAAGAUGUUCAGACCGAGGAGCCUCCAUCCGAAAGCUACGCCGUGUUAGUACCGAGUGGAGCGGACCAAGAUGAGGCAGGACUGGUCUGUAACUGGGACCCUCAAAAGAGAGAGCUGGUGCUGCCUGGGCUGGAGACGGCGCUGUUAGAGCCGGAGGGUGAAGGCGAACGGAAGAAGGGCGUUUUAAAACUAGAAAAGGUCCAUGUCAGGCAAUUGUCGCAGGAAGAGCAAGAGGCGUUGACGCAGGAAGAGAGCCCUGCGGGGUGGGUCAUGGAGGAUUUUACCAAAAAAUACGACUUGCAAUUCAAUUAA